GAUAGUAAGGAGUCCAGUGUAGUGUAAGCUUGUAGCGUGCUUGAAAUAUCCUACAUCUGUUCUGUUUCCUGUGCUGCAGAAGCUUUUGGAGCAGUAUUCUUAUGAAUUACACACAGAGCAGGAGCCGUCUCUUUGCAUUUAGUUGUAUCUGUGUUGAAAGGACGAUGCCUUUGAGAACCGGACUUUUUCUCCUGAUGGUGCUAAACGCAUCUGCAUAUGAAUUGGAUCAGAACGAGUCUUAUUCGCCAAGAAGAGCACGCUUUUCUGCCAAUAGCCCUACAGAUGUGGCACGCUGUCUCAACAGUGCCCUCCAAGUUGGCUGCGGAGCCUUCGCCUGCCUGGAAAACUCGACUUGUGACACUGAUGGCAUGCAUGACAUCUGCAAGUCUUUCCUAUACAGUGCUGCUAAAUUUGACACUCAGGGUAAAGCAUUUGUGAAGGAGAGCCUCAAGUGCAUUGCCAAUGGCAUCACCUCGAAGGCAUUCCCCACCAUCCGCCGCUGCUCCACCUUCCAAAGAAUGAUAUCCGAAGUCCAAGAGGAGUGUUACAGCAAGCUGGAUAUCUGCACUGUGGCUCGAUCAAAUCCAGAUGCUAUUGGCGAAGUGGCACAACUUCCAAGUCACUUCCCAAAUAGGUUUUACGGUAAGCUGCUACAGAGCCUGAUGGACUGUGACGAGGACACGGUGGACCGCAUACGGACCAGCAUGGUGUCGCGGCUGGGCCCAGAGAUGACCAUGCUUAUUCAGCUGCUGCAGAACAAGCCCUGCCCAUCCACUGCUGCGGCUGCAGCUGCUGCCAUCCCAACUGGAGUGGAGGGCCGUGGGAGCUGGCGCUGGUCCAUGGGUCCCCAUAUGUACAAGAUCCAGCCUAAUCUGCGAAACAGAGACUCCGCCAGUCAUUUUGGCAAAAAACGCUCAGCCAGUGACAGCUCCUAACUUCCUCUCAGAUUCAGAAACUCAUCAUACUCCGCAAAACAUCGCUCCUCUAUUCCCUAGGGGUGACAGAAUACAUUCCUCUGCUAGACUGGAAGUCACAGAAAUAUGCACCUCUAGGGAAUGCCGGAACGCCCAUAGAGUCAAAUUUGAUUGUUGCUAUAUUGUAUAUCCCACACUUAGGCCCUUCCAUCGACUGUUUUUAAAAGAAUCCGCUCACAGUUAGUGUUGAACAUGUGGCUGUUGCAUCAGUGCGACAUGGUCUGAAUCCUGAACAAGUCUUUUGAUGCCAAGAAAAAAAAAAAAGAAAGAAAAAAAAAACAGCCAUAGUGGUUCCUGCCUCUAGAGCACAGUAUAUACAUUAAAAGAUAAAUAUUCAUAAUCUUGACAUUUGUUUAUGACUAGAAAUCAGUAGUUGGAUUAUUAUUAGUUAAUUGAUAGGAAUGAGAAUUUAUUCGUAGAUGUAUCUAAUAUUUCAGCGAUGAGACCUGUGAAAUUGUGAGCAUGAGAUGUGGAAAUAAUCUUCUAUUUUCUGGCACUAACACAACAGUUAAAUGUACUGUAAACAACGUUAUCUGAGACAGCCAUAGUUAGCCCUCUAAAAGAGAGUGAGAGCUCAUACGGAGGGAGGUCUGUAGAGGUUUCAUUAUAACCUUUGAGAGGUUACCUUAAACUGACCAAAAAACUACAAACUGCCCUGAAUGCUAUUCAUGAAAAAACCAAAAUAGUGUCUAGCUAUAGCACUUAGAAUUGUUUAGUUUAGUUUUUUUUCUGAUGGCAGAUGUAGCCAUGUUUCGUCCAGGUCAUGACCAAGUCUUACUAUCAGAAAAAAGUCCAUUUUACAUAUCUUGUAUCCAGACACUUGUAAUGCAUAUGACUGUUGAGCUCUUAAGUAUACGUGGGACCAUGUUUAAUGGAAUCUUUAUAUGUGUUUUUAACUGAGCGUGAAGCAGUAGUGUAUGUGCAGGAGCUGAUAGGCACAUUCACCCAUGAGACUGAGAGCAGCCAUCUUCUUGGACCGAUGGUCACAGCUCUCUGAGGUGAAUUUAUGACAUACACACUGACUUCGAGAUUAAGAAUGACUAUUUAAAAAAAGCCUUGUUGGAAUGAUAUUUAUUUUCCUACUAUAUUAUUUAAUGUUUGUUUUUUUUAAUGCAUUUUAUUGUGGUUUUAAUUAGUUUACAGGUUUAAAAACAAGUUCAGACAUGGCUCCUAUUUGAACAUGAGCUCUAUGCCAAAAAAAAAAAAGUGAGCUGACACUCAGUGACUGAAUGGGACCCAUGUCAUGACUCUGUGCUGGCCAUAGGGGAACAAGGUUGGUCAUUCAAGUCAGGUGAUCUUCUUCCUGGUGUUACAAGGGACCACAACAUUACAAUAGCUUCAUUUUGACACAUUUUCUGGUUGGGGGAAAAAAAUGUUUUUUAUGCAGCUGCUAGAUGAGCCUGUUAAGUACUGGAGGUUUUGUGCUAGUAACUGAGGAUUUACCAGGUAUGAUCACAGUUAAACAAACACCAGAAUCAAGUACCCCCCUAGACAGUUUUCUUUAUCUUUUACUUAUUUGCUGCUAUCCCUUAAUGCUUUUGAUGUGUAAAUUCUGAUUGCCCAGAUUACAUAAAGAGAUAGAAUCAAUGCAAAAAACACAACGACAACAUUAGUGUUCCCACCUAAAGACAGCCAGAGGAAGAAAAACUAACAAAGGAAAAUGUGUGGAAUUUUCAACAUUAUAUUUACUCUAUAGAACCCAGUAUAUCUCAGGUCCACAUGUUUGCACUGUUAUUUAGCUACAGACAAGCAGCACAAGCCGGAAUGAAAAAGCUCACAAUAUGUGUGAAGUUAUUUACAGACAGCUGUCACUGACCAGACUCUUGAUGCACUAUCAGGGAUUUCAUUUAGUUUGAGCUUCAUUGAUGGAUUAGGUGAAUAUAUUGACAAUGACACUCAGGAUAUCUCAGCAGGUAAAAGCCCACCUUAAUAUAUUUAGCUACACUAUAACAUUGCAUGCACCAAAACAACUCCCCCCCCAACUUUAGGUUUUGGCAAAAACAAAGUGCUGAGCCAAUGUUGUGUUUAAAUUGCAGUUUGUUGCGUUAUAUAUUUGUUAGUGCUACUGCCAACCAUUGAAACUGUAUCUUGGAAGAUAAAGCAGGUAGCUGUAAAACUUAUUGGUGGAGCAAAACAGAAUCAGGCUAAGACGUUAACAUAAAAAUGAAUUGAUUAGAUCAUCUUAAUUGUCACAAUGCAUGAUCAAGCGGUUUGAGUCUGUGGUGGACAGAUACUCAAUAUUAGUAUCAUGUAGGUGCAUCCCUAAAUAUUUGUAACCACACAUCAACAUCACCAAGAAGUCCAAGUAGACCUCUUCCAUUAGGCAGUGAGCUCUCCAAAGUACAACACAUGAAAUUUGAUCAUAUUUACUUACAAGACUGUAUGUUAUAUGGUGUAUGAUGAUCAAGACAAUCACUCAAUUAGUAGAUCGAUGGAGAGCAGUGGUCACUGAGAAGGGUCUUCAUGCUGGUGUUUGAUUUAUAUAUACCUGUUAGAUGCUGGUGUUCAAUUAAAGAAUCAGUGGGCUAAGUGAGUUUUGGAGUAAUGUGGAAAUAUUUGCACACAUCGAAAAUGCAAUUUAGAGAUUAAGUGGACAGGGCUGGGUUCAACUCACUAUCAAUAAGUUUGACUCAGAAAACAUGUUUUUUUAAAUAUUGGAACCUAUUCAGCUACCUUAAGAAAUAUGUUAUUGAACAAUUGUAAGAGGUUCUGCUUGCCUAGUUUGGGUUAUUGUUGCAGUUUUUACUCUGACUCCUUGAAAUGAAUUGAACCCAGUCCUGUUUGAUGAAAUAUAAGUUAUAAGAGAGCAGAGACCAGAAAAAAAGAGAUGUCAGUGUCUAUCCAAUAGCUAUGUUAAGAAUUCCAAACUAUGCAAUAAUCUCAUUUAUGGAGGAUUCACUGCAACACAGAAAUUGAUCUUUAUUUCAUUCAGUGCCAGCUAAUGCUGUGUUAAUAAAGCAGCAUGUUUGCUUUCACACUGCACUCACAGUGUGAAGGCCAAGCUCAUCUCUUUUGAUUUCUGUUUUUUUUUUUUUUGUAAACCGGUGUUUCUUUUUGUUCUGUGAAUAUGAUCAUUUAUUUAGUGUCUUUUAAUGCGAAAGGGCAGCAGUUCUGAAGGAAUCACAUGAGAGUUUAAGAGCUAUAGUCACACUGUAAAAUAUCCUAGCUUACUAUUUUAUGUUCAAUAUGCACUUUGCAUCUUAACCACUAAAAGGGCAUUGAAACAUUCAGCACAUGUGCAAUCCAGACAUGUUUUAUUUACCAAGUGAAUAGAAAUUUGUCUGAAAUAUUUUGCAACCUGAAGGGUCAGGGCUUCUUCAUGUACUAUUGAUACAUAAUGUCUGUAUCUUUGUUGUCCAUGGGUAAAUCCAAAACCCAACAGCUGCUGCUAAACUGUUACUUCCCUGUGUGAUGCUGGUCCAGAUGCCUGGAGGUACUCUGAUCAGUCAGCACACAGUGAGCUCAGCAUCAGUCCACAUCUACUUUUUUUUAUGUCUCUCCAUGUCUUCAUAUUUAUUUUCUAUGAACAUUCUUUGUGUCAAAUAUAUUUGGCAAGGGCAAAUUGACUGUUUCCUCACCAAGUCAAGUGUAAUGGUAAUUUCAGAGAAUGUACCUGUAUACUGAAUGUCUGUUUCGACGAGAACAUGCCCAAGUCAGUCCACACAUGAAGGCUGUUAGGAGAAAAAAAAAAGUGAAUGAAUUGAGUUACUUUCUGUUUAGUUUAGGGGUGCUUAAGGUGGUACUGGAGCAUUAUUAAAUCGACCUUUGGUGACUUUUGUGAAACAAUUUCUCCUGUCAACACCCUCACUUCUGGCACUUCAUGGUACUCUUUCCUCUCAAGACUUGAAAUAUAUAUAUAUAUAUAUUGAUAAAUGUUGUGCUUAAACAAAAUCAAAAAGCUUCAGUGACUUUAAGUUUAUUUUGUAUUCAUAUAUAUAUAUAUAUAUAUAAAUAUAUAAGUGACAGUUAUUUUACUAUCAGAUUCAAAAAGGAUUUAAGAAGAUAACAAUAAAGUUCUUGAUGCUAUGUAACGCAUGAUUGACCCUUGUGAAUCACUUGCACUUUAAAAUAUACCCAUUUACAUAUAUACCCAUACUGUGUAUAUGUUUGGGUUUUUCCUCUGUACUGAAAAGUCAUGAAAGAUACAAAUGCAUCAAUUGUGUGUCUUUUGCUG